GCAGGGAAAGAGUAUAAACAGUCAGGGAGGAAACAGAGCUGUUCACUUGACACACUUCUCAUACUCACAUGAUGAUGGGGAUGUUCCUUCUGAUGAUACUCAUCACAGUAAACCUUGCAGCUCCUGCAGGUAGUCAGGAUGCCAUCAAGUUGGAGCAUGUGUCUGUACAACAAGGAAAGUCCAUCAUCAUUCCUUGUUUAUAUAAAGCAAAAUAUAUUAAUAAUCAAAAGUACCUGUGUUUUGGAAGUCAUUUUUUUGUUUGCAAAGAUGUUAAGUCCUUAAAACACCGAAUGGUGUCCACCUCAGAUGACCAAACUAAGUAUAUAUUUACUGUGACUAUGAAAAAUGUAACAGCUAGCGAUGCGGGUUCUUAUUGGUGUUCAGUGGAAACCGCUGGCCUCGAUGUAAAAGAUAAAGACUUUCAACUAAAAGUCACAACAGCUACUCCUGAUCUGUAUGUGGAAAAUCAGACAGUCAUUGGAUAUGAGGGCAGCCAUGUGGUGAUUUCCUGCAAUCAUCAAUCUAAGUCACCCAAAGCAUGGUGCAAGAUUGGUGGUCCAUGUGUAAGCACUAGCGGAAACAUCAGCGGUGCAUCGGUUCAGCUCAGGAAUACGGACCGGGGUUUUAGUGUGACCAUGAGCAAGCUGGCGAUGAAGAACACAGGAUGGUACUGGUGCUCAGCAGGAAACUGGCAGAUGCCUGUUCACAUCACCGUGCAAAACGCUACAUCCAGCUGGGAGAGAAGCUCAUUUGCAUGGCUGAUAGUUUUAGGAUUGCUGCUUGCAGUAGCUUGUAUUGCUGUGACUGUGUUCAGGCAACACAAACAAAAGUGUGAAAUAUUCUCAUGGCGCGAGAGAUCUGAAAAUACAUACGUAAGCAUGAAAAAACCGAAUCCACAAACAAAGCAACAUACUGACGAAGAAGCUCAAGACUAUGAAAUUAUGUCCAGUCCUGUGCAAACAUCAGGGGUUCAAGGGAAAAACCGUGAAGGCUAUGAAUCAUGGAAGACAGAUGGAGGUCACAUUACAGACAAAGGACAUUACUGCACCUGCUGAAUGUGAUUUGCAUUACAAUCAAGUGGAGAAUAUGAAGUGGAAAAUAAAUAAGCUACAGUACAUACAUUUCCCUAAACACAGAAAUCGAGCUGUGUAUCAUCGGAUUCAUUAAAAAUUUCAUGUGCGUUUUUCAAAUCCUUUCCAAAAAAAUAAACAUAUCAAUAGAGUCACUAUUUUAUAACGUAUAGAAGUCUAGCCAUCACACUGCACUAGUCCUACUGCUUCAUAACUCUUUUACAAUCUUUUUAUCUUUGCCUCUAAUUUUUAUGGGAAAGCUUCUUUUGCUGUUCUUUAAUACUGCAUGUUAUGACUGUUUUUUCCUCAUGAAUGUGAAGGAAAUGCUUCACUGAGUGCUGUUAUAUAUUGUUCACGACAUACAAUUGUGCAACAUUUUUCCUUUGCAGUUUGCUUUUGGUCCUCAAGGGGGCGUCAGUGAUAUUUGUUUAGCUUACGGUGUGUAAGUACGGUAUGUAUACAUGAUGUAAAUUAGUCUAAGAUACAUAUUCUCAAAGUUCUUUGUAUCAUUUCAUGUAUUCUGUGAUGGUCUGGAUAAAUGUUUCUGCCAAAAGAUUCAUGAUAAUGUACAUAAAUGUAUGGAAAAAAUAUAUAUAUUUUGUAUUUUAUAUAUAUAUAUAUGUAUUGUACUAUGCAUGUGUUAUAUUGAAUGUCGUACCACAGUGCUGAUGAAUUCUCAAAUUAGAUUUUUCUGUGCGAGCAGCUCUGACACAGAGCUUUCGGCUGUAAUUCGAAACACAGGUUGGUAUUAAUGCGUUCUUUCUAACACCGGAGCAUUUCUACAGUAAGUGCUCGCUCCCUUGUAUAGUGAAGGCUUCAUAUAAUCUAGGCCAUUCAAUUUUCCACCGCAGGAACAUGUUCUGUAAAGAGGGCUUUGCGUUUAUUGGUUUCUUAACAAAAUUUUUCCUUCUUCUUAACUUUAAAUAGCUUAAAGAAAAUUCUGUUUAUGGCCGCUUUAACAUAACAUUUUGUCCUCAAAGUUGAUGUGUUAGAAGCAGAAAAAAUGGGCAAGUGUAAGGAUUUGAGCGAGUUUGACGAAGGGCCAGAUUGUGAUGGCUAGACCACUGGAUCAGAGCAUCUCCAAAACUGCAGCUCUUGUGGGGUCUUGUGCAGUGGUCAGUAUCUAUAAAAAGUGGUCCAAUGGAGGGACAGUGGUGAACCGGUGACAGGGUCAUGGGCGGCCAAGGCUCAUUGAUGCAUGUGGGGAGCAAAGGCUGGCCCGUGUGAUCCGAUCCAACAAACGAGAUACUGUUGCUCAAAUUGCUGAAAAAGUUAAUGCUGGUUCUGAUAGAAAGGUGUUGUUGUGUAUGGGGCUCCUGACCCCUGUGCACCACUGAAAGCGCCAACAAUGGGCACGUGAGCAUCAUAACUGGAGCACGGAGCAAUGGUCUGAUGAAUCACAUGGCAGGGUGCAUGUGCAUCGCUUACCUGGGGAACACAUGGACCAGGAUGCACUAUGGCAUAGGUGUCAAACCGUAUCCACAAAGGGCCGGUGUAGGUGCAGGUUUUCAUUCCAACCAAGCAGAAUGUGGAUGUUACUUUGACACGUACCACCUAACUAAGCAUUGGUGGAGACCAUGUACACCCUUUCAUGGAAACAGUAUUCCCUGAUGGCUGUGGCCUCUUUCAGCAGGAUAAUGCACCCUGCCACAAACAUUACAUUAAAGAACUCAUAUCCGUUCUCAUAUCUGCAUUGAAAACAAAUCCUUAACGUAGUUUAAAUGUGUCUACACCUAAGAAUACUAUCUGCCUAAUCCCUGUUAGAGAAGAGUUAGCACAAUGAAAAUAAUGCUUAGUGAAGAGGUAGGUGCUGAAGAUAAGAGAAGUUCACUCCUCCAGCUGGGGUCAGCACAGAAAAAAGUAUUCCUGAGUGUUUCUCUUGUAUCUUGAGGGAUGAUGGGGUCAAGUGCUAGGCAAAUUCUAGCGGUUCAGAGGACCAUGGUGUAGCACAGCCUUCAGGAUGUUCUGAAAAGAAAAAAAACACAGGCCCAGUGUCUGGACUGUAAAUGCAGCAGAUUACAGAGACUAAAGCCCUAACUAAUCUAUCUGCAUGAUCAUUUUGCAUUGUACCGCUGCCACGUCGUUUGUUGAUGAGAUAACUGCAUGAAUAUGUAUGUGUGCAGGUGUUCCCUAAUAA